AUGGUCACUGAGCCGCAACUGGAUCGUACCGUCGAUUCAGAGACGUUAUGGCUCCCAUGCGAACUAACAGGGCCCGGUUGGAAAGCACGUGGUGAUCGCAUACCUGCCGACAAACGAGUGCCAUUUAACCGACCAACAGCAAAGCAGAUUCUCGACGCUCUUCCAUUUGUUACACGAUACUUCUUUUAUUGGGUGAAGCAUACUUUCGACAAAGAGAAGCUGUUCAUCAACACUUUUCAGCCGCUUAAACACAAACCAUUUUAUGGCGUUCCAUGUGGUGGUAUUGGUUGUGGUGCUAUGGGACGCGAUUUUCGUGGUGGUUUCUGCAAGUUUAGUUUGCGACCUGGACUUGUGGAACACAAAGUGGACAUAAUUCCUGCUAACCACUUUAUUUUGUCAGUGCGCUGUGAUGGUCGUUGUAUAUAUCAGAAAGUGCUAUCCUGUGCUGACAUGGCACUCUCCGGUCAGCAGCUGAGUGCUUGGGACUUCUCAUUUCCGAAGAAGGAUUUGUACUACAGGACUGUUUUUUAA